GCGCUCCCCUGGCCACCGGUCCAAGGCGCCGCCCCCUCGAUGGCUGGUCUGCGUGGCUCUGGGCUGGGUUCUGAGGGGACAGAUGGAGCCCAGUGAUGAUGACGGCAGCCUCUUCACAUAUGAUUGCAGUACUGCAGAAAAGAAGUCACAAGAAAAUAAAGGGGAGGACGGACAGCCCGUGGAGAAGGGGAGUGACAUGAUCCUGGCGUCCACCUUCUCCAAGUCUGGCAGCUAUUUUGCUUUAACCGAUGACAGUAAGCGUCUGAUUCUUUUCCGUACAAAACCAUGGCAAUGUCUGAGUGUCAGGACCGUGGUGAGGAGGUGCACGGCCCUGACGUUCACGAACUCUGAGGAGAAGGUUUUGGUGGCAGACAAGUCUGGGGACGUUUACUCCUUUUCGGUGCUGGAGCCGAAUGAAUGUGGCAAACUUGAACUUGGGCACCUGUCGAUGCUGCUGGAUGUGGCCGUGAGUCCUGAUGACCGCUACGUCCUCACCGCUGACCGGGAUGAGAAGAUCCGGGUGAGCUGGGCCGUGGCACCGCACAACAUCGAGUCCUUCUGCCUGGGGCACACUGAGUUCGUGAGCCGCAUCUUCGUGGUGCCCGACCACCCUGAGCUGCUUCUGUCCUCAUCCGGGGUUAAGCUGCUGCUUUCCUUGCAGAGGUUUGCUGCAUCCAGGAUCACUUACUGGAGCCGGGACAGCUGUGUGGCGCUGCUGUGUGAUUGUGUCCCUGUGGUCUACAUCUUCCAGCUGGAGGCCCCCAGGCAGCAGCUGGUUUACAAGCAGCAGCUGUCUUUCCAGCACAGAGUGUGGGACAUUGCUUUUGAGGAGAGCCAGGGGCUGUGGGUGCUGCAGGACUGCCGGGAAGACCCCCUCGUGCUCUGCAGGCCUGUGGACGGCCAGUGGCAGCCUGUGCCUGAAGAUGCCACGGUGAAGAAAGUCUGCACGCAGCUCCGCGGGCACUGGGCCAUGCUGGAAGGCUCUGCUGGUGUGGACGAGGGCUUUAGCAGUCUGUACAAGGCCACCUUUGACAACAUGACCACUUACCUGAAGAAGAAAGAGGAGAGGUUGCAACAGCAGCUUCGGAAGAAGCGGCAUAAGAACCCGCCCCCUGGGCCCAACGGGCAGACCAAGAAGGUGAAGACCGGGGAGGCCUCCUGGAGUGGCUCGUCCUAGCCCUGGUGCCGGCUUCUGGCCUCGAGAAGCAGAGUAGCUUUUGUCCCCUCCUUGCCAGCAGCUCCCUUUGAGGAAAAAAAGGGGCACAUCACUGUCCACUCCGCUUGGUGGCAGUGAGGUCCAUACAGCUCCCCAGACACCUGGGCUGGCCCAGUAACUGAGGGUGUCCUGGGCUCUAGAACAUUCUGUUGCUGAGCAGAGGUGUCUUGAGCAUCCUCUGGUUGCAGGGAAGCCAGACGGGGAGACACUGCAGGUGAGCAGCUCGGUGCCUGGAAGCACUUCAUCUUCAUGGUGGAGGACGUGUGAGCCUCUUCCCUGGCACUUGUUGGUUUUUCCACUCUUCCCAUAAUGCCACCCGUGCCGGGCACACUUCCUUCCAGGGGAACCCACACAAAUGGUUUCACACCAGCGUGAGGGGCAUUUUCAUCUUCCCGGCAGCGGUCCUCCUGGGGGGUGGAUUGCACUGUCCACCACGGCGCCGCUCCCCACGCAGGGCCAUCAGCCUGAGCAGAAUGGAGUCUCAGUUCCUCCCCAGCCUGGCCAUGUGUUCCGUCCCACGCAGUGAGGGCUCCUGCUCAGCUGCAGACGUGCAGGCUUGGCGGACACACAGCGGAGAACUGGACUUUUUCAGGACGUGAGGACAUGUAGAAUAUGGGAGUUCUACAGGGAAAUGGUUGAUGACAUGUGUGUGGAUUGAUUUGAACCUUGCACACGUCACAAAGAGCAGGGUGUCAGCUGAAUUCAAAUCACCAAUCAAUAAAGACGAGCUUUUGCAGCUUCUGGAAAUGUUUAGCAGCAACAUGUGGAACUAAUUUCAGAAUACAUUGAGCAAAACCGUU